ACGUCAUCCGAAAAGCGACGAGGCUGCAAAAAGAAAGAAAAAGGACCUGCUGUUGCUGGUUGUCUUUAAGACACCUGGCCUGGGGCGUGUAGCGACUGCUGUUGGAGCUAAGGAGGUUAAAAUCGGAUUGAAUCUCCAGUGGUGCGGGAAAAUACAAAGACUUUCUGGCGCCUUGUGCUGUGAGCGAAAGAAAUGAGUGGUGGAUUAGCACCAAGUAAAAGCACUGUAUAUGUAUCCAACUUGCCUUUUUCUCUGACGAACAAUGACUUAUACAGGAUAUUUUCCAAAUAUGGAAAAGUUGUAAAAGUUACUAUUAUGAAAGACAAAGAUACCAGGAAGAGUAAAGGUGUUGCAUUUAUUUUGUUUUUGGAUAAAGAAUCAGCACAAAACUGUUCGAGGACACUAAACAAUAAGCAGUUAUUUGGAAGAGUGAUAAAAGCAAGCAUUGCUAUUGACAAUGGAAGAGCUGCUGAGUUCAUCCGAAGACGCAACUACUUUGAUAAAUCUAGGUGUUAUGAAUGUGGAGAAACAGGUCACCUAAGUUAUGCUUGUCCUAAAAAUGUGCUUGGAGAACGUGAACCACCAAAAAAGAAAGAAAAGAAAAAAAGAAAGAAAAUUAUUGAACUGGAAGAAGAAAUUGAAGAAGUGGAAGAAAGUGAAGAUGAAGGAGAAGACCCUGCUCUUGAUAGCCUUAGCCAAGCCAUAGCUUUCCAGCAAGCCAAAAUUGAAGAAGACCAACAAAGAUGGAAACCCAGUGCAGGGGAACCUUCAACAUCAGAUGAUUCAAGACGCCCAAGGAUAAAGAAAAGUGCAUAUUUCAGUGAUGAGGAAGAACUUAGUGAUUGAAAUUGAUUUAUCAUUGUACAUAUCAAUGAGAUAUAAAAGUCUUAAAACACAGUUUAAUUGCUGUUAAAAUUACCCUUGGAAUUUUGAAUAUAGUGAAACAUGUAACUAACCAGUUUUACACCUUAAAACCAGGAUUACAAAGUUUACUUUCAUAGGAAACCAAAAAAUAAUUUAGAAAUAUCAUGUUUCUAAAUUUAUUUUAAUAGAGUAAUAAAAAUCCAACUUUGUUUCUAAAACCAUUGCCUUUCUACAACCAUACCUAAAUGCAACCUAACCAGUUGCAUUCAGUAAUAAGAAAACUAAAUUGCUAAAUAUUGUCAUGAUGCCACUGCAUCAGAGUGCUGAAGCUUAAUACUUACUAUAUAUAGCUACUAAAAAGUUAAAGCUUUCUACACAUUUCAUAUGUCAACUUAAGCACUUCUCAAAUCUAAUUUUAAACAAAAGUUUUCUAAAAAUUAAAGAAAGUCAGUGACCUAGUUGUAUUUAGAAAUGUUCUUUAUUUAAGUUCCCCAAAGAAUUUUUUUGAAAGAUGAAUGGCAGAAUUUGGGGAAAAAGGGGUAGAAUUUACUAUGUAUUUACUUAUAUAAAACAUAAAUAAAUUAAUUAUAUGAAUAAAUGACUACCAGAAAGAUGAUGCUUUGGAAUUUGAGUCACACUUACGACUAUAAAAUCAUUACAAAGUCACAUCUCUUUGGAUUCUGCCAUUGCCUGUUUAUUACUAAAUACCUAUGUGAACAAUUUUCAAAUAUCCAUAAAGUCUAAUCAGUUUCUUCAAAAA